AAAUUAAAGGGCAUUAUCAUUUAUCAAUGUUAAUAAUCAUCUCUCUUUGAUUUCUGGGUUUGUGCAAACUCACAUUUCUCAAUCACAUUCUUAACAAAAGGGGAUUGAGAAAAACCCAAAAAAAGAAGGAACCAUCAACAACCAUGUGUCCUCUGAGGAUCAUUCUGGUUUUCUUGUCUGCAACCCUCGCCGGUUUCUUCGUUCUCAGAAACCUCCGAGCUCAGCCUCUGGUUGACGACGAUGACGACGCUGUUUCCACCCUUCCGGCGAACCCCAAAGUUGCAGAUUCUUCAAAUGCUUCCUCAAAUGGAAAUUCCAAGGUUAGGGCUGCGUUAGAAUCUGGGUUCUGGACCUUUGUGGACAUGGCCAGUGGGUGUUACCUUUGGAGGAACAUGGUCUCAUCCUCUGCAAAGCGCUCCAGCUGAGUGAUGAUAUGUUUUCUGUGGUUGUAUGUUACCCUCAUUCUGAAUCAUGAUCUUUGUAGACCCAUUUGGGUCAUUGGUUGAUCAUUGCCUCUAAUGUUGUAACUUUAGGGUCUAUUUUGACUCGCUGUAUCAUAGUUGUUGUUCAUAGAAUUGUUGUGUAUGAUGCUGGUUUUGAAUGCUGAAAGCCUGAAACUCAUAAAUGACAAUAAAGAUAAUAACUAUAUAAUGUCUAUUUUCUUGCCAUUACAUCA